CAAACUUUCUUUGGCGAGGUACCUUAACCUACCACCUGCUGCGAUCGUAGCUCAACAACCACGCCAGACGCGCCAUCACUUCCCCUCUUCCCAUUGUUUAUCCAUCUCCAUCUUCAACCCGUCUGUCGUGACGGGGUCCCAAAUUCCCGUCCGCGCCCACCUUCACCGCCUGCUCGCUCGUGAGAGUCUCCGCUCGCCCACGCUUCACACCGCCCGCCAGAGAAUGCGAUCGACCCCAGUGCCGUCCACCACAGCUCGCGAUCUCCUGUCCCAGCCGUCAACUUCCUCAUCCACUCCACGUGCGACGCGUUAGGCCCUCCUUCUCCCGCUACCGCACAUCGUAGAAAGCAAGACCAUGCCAGCUGCGACGGCAGCCAUGGCGGGCACCCAGGCGGCGCCCCGGAAGGCCAGCGGUGCUGCGCCCGAGAAGAAGUACAAGUGCCAGUUUUGCAAUCGUGCCUUCAGCCGGUCGGAGCACAGAAGUAGGCAUGAGCGAUCACACACGAAAGAGCGCCCGUUCAAAUGCCAGAAGUGCAAGAGCACCUUCGUGAGGCGCGACCUGCUCCUGCGACAUGACCGGACGGUGCACGCGAAGGACGGGGGCGUGCCACUCCAGAGCGACUCCAAGCGCCGAAGCUCGAACAAGACGAACGACAGCGCGAAGCCUGUGCCAGCCAGCAAGGACACAGCGACCCUCGAGCAGAUUGAGGCUAGCAGCGAUGACAUGGUCGACAUCGAGGCCGCCGCGAUGUUGAUGACCGACUUCCAUCACAAGGCAAUGGCUAGCCAGGAGCCGGAGCCGAUUCCCGACAUGACCGAGCCCAUGCCCACCAUGAACGGGAGCUCGAUGAUGGAGCCCACGUCGUAUUCGAACGGCGCCGUGUCGCUACCCCAGAUGCCCUGGGACUCUUUCAUGCCGCGUAGCGUCAAGGAGCCCAAGUCCCACUCGAUCGCCUCAAGCAACGGCGGUCGCGACUUGCGCUCUUCCUUCGACGCCAACUCGUCGCAGGUGCACGCAAACCAUCAUCUGCCACCCAUGAUGGAGCGACAGAUAUCCGGCACUGGCAGCGACACGCUUGGCAUGUCUUCUUUCCACAACCUGCACAGCUCGCUAGGAAUAGGCACGCCAGGCGCGCUGUCGCCCUACCCGUCGAUGCUCGGUCCAGUCUCGCCUGUUGACUAUCGGCGAUCGCCUGGGCCGUCGCAACAACUGACCAUGGCGAAAGCGCCCCAGCUUGACGGCGACGACCAAUGCUCCAAGAUAUGGCAGAACAUCCAAGCUGCUGACUCGGAAGGUCACCUCCUCGACACGUUCCGACUGCCCACCAUCACGGUGUUGAACAGAUAUCUAUCGACUUACUUCAACCUCUUCCACCACCACCUGCCGUUUCUCCAUCCUUCGUCCUUCGAGCCCACCGAAGUGUCGCCUCCGCUUUUGCUUGCCGUCCUCUCGAUAGGCGCACUGUACACGUUUGAGCAGGAGCAGGCCUACAUGCUUCACAUUGGCUCAAAAGUGCUGGUCAACCAGUUCCUGCAGAACAAGGAGAAUUUCAGCUCGCGCAAAUGCCCGCUGUGGACGAUGCAGAGCACGCUCCUGAACAUGAUCUUUGCGAGCUGGAGCGGCGAUCCCAAGGGCCUGGAGUGGGCUUGCUCGAUAAAGAGUCUGCUGGCGAACAUGGUUGCCGGUAACCGAUACGAGCUCAAGCUGCGCUCUGAGGCUCGAGAAGGCGCUCAGCCCAGCCACGAAGAGUGGAUCGAGGACGAGGGCUGCCGGCGCACAUACUACGCCGUCUACAUCUUCUUCGGGCUGCUGACGCUGACGUACAACCACACGCCCGCCAUCAGUUUCAACGAAUUCGACACGUUGGAGCUACCGUCGUCAGAAUCGCUGUGGAAUCUAGAGGCUUCAGUCGAAGACUCGUGGCGGGACAGCCUCAGCGCGACCCCCAUCAUAACGUUUCGAGAAGCGCACGACAGCCUCUUCCAAGGAGAGCGAGCGCGCUACAGCGCCUUCGCGACACGCGUCAUGAUCAACGCACUGUUCCUAGAGGUUUGGUAUCACAAGAGAAGCCCUGAGGCCCUACAGGACGUGGUCACCGAAUACAAACUGCGCCUCGCCUUGGAGACGUGGGAAAAAUCGCUCGACUUGUGCGAGCCUGAGACGGUCGUCGUGCAGCUCUCCGCGCCGCACAAGGGCCACCCGCUCAUCUUCAACGCGCGAGCCAUGUAUCGCAACACGCGCGCCCGCCUUCUCGUGGACCUCAAGUCGAUUCAAGAGGCGCUACGGUACCAUGACUCGUAUGAGGUGGCCGCAGCCAUGAUCAACGCCAGGGAAAAGGUCAAGCGAUCUCAAGAGAUGAUCAAGGUCAUCCAGGAGUGUUUUGACUGCAUCGAGGUCGCCGCUAUGCAAGGGAUCCGCUGGGUGGCCAGGACGUCCGCCACGAACUGGAGCGUCGAGCACCCACUUUGCGGCAUGGACCUCAUGGUCAUACUCACGCUGUGGCUGUAUCGGCUUGAGCACGACGACGAGCAGGCCACCGAAGAGGAGCUUGCCAUGUACAACAAAUUGCGCAACUUGUUCGACGACGACUCUGUCGAUGUGUAUGGCGCAAAACUCUCGUCCACGGUCGCACGACUGUGGGGGAGCAUGAUCGACGAGGUGGUUGUCUGGGGAAUCACCAAGCUAAUGGGCGAAGCCUUUAAGCUGCAUUCCCAGGCCUUGGUCGGUUACGAGGAUGCGAUGUCAGAACGCUCUGGCUCGCCGACACCGUCGAUGGCGGCUCGUCACGUACCCGUCCUCGAUAUGCAGACGGCCUACUAAAUAUUACGCCGCUGCAGCCACCUGCCACUUGUUUUCUUCGUCAUCCACGCGUCUCGACGGCAUUCACAACCCGUCCAAAGAACGACUUGCUUUGUUUUUUUGCUUCCGGUUAUCGUCUAUUGCUUUUUGCUUCCUGUCUUCCGGGGGCCUCGUAAUGAGUGCGUUGCGUUUUCUGUGCAUUUGCAUGAAGGGAUUAUACGCCAAAAUAGUUAUGGAUUUUGUUCGGGCGAGAGGGACGCAACGGCCGAUAUAAGCGGCGCCUAGAGUGAGGCAUGGUCGCCAUCAUCGUCAUCAUGGCCCAGGGUGGUGGAGUUUGUUUAUUUUUUUGGCUUUUUGUUCUGUUUUGGCUUUGUUUUUGCUUUGGCCUCUGUUUACUUUCUUCCCCGCUCUCUAUUUCUCUCUCUCUCUAUCUCUAUCUCUCUCGUUGCGUGCGAUUCUUCCUCUCGUUGUAUCUCUCACCUUCUCUGCUGGGCAGAUAAUUUUUUUGGGACGCCUCAAACUUCGCUUCUACAGCACACCCGGCAACGACCGUCAUUUCACAUCGGUCUCCUCAACAUUUACACUUACGCAAAAUUGUAAUUCCUUCCUGUUUGCUCUCCUUGGAUGAAAUUUGGGGCAGUUUCUUUUAUUAUCCAUAUACCAUGAGCCGCUUAGCGCGCCCUCCUCUUUCGAUGCUUUCUGGUUCGUCUGUAGUAGUAAUAGGAACAGGAUGGGCGAAUAAGUGGAAGAGAGGAGAAAUAGACGAAGAAUCGAU